GUUGAAGUUCUUCAUCAAGCUCAUGGGUUACAACAUCGCUAACCCUACAAGCGAAUACACAAUUAUCAAGAUAGGGAAGGAUGAAGAAAACUCCAACUCAAAUGAUCUGCCAAUAUUGAUCGAGAGAAAUGAGGAAGAAACUCCCCAAAUGCAAGAGAAGGAGGUGUCAACAUAUAAUGGAGCACAAUGCAACACCAAUGGCCACAAAGCAACUACUAUGGAUGGACGUACUGAUGUUGUCGAUGGAGCAGGAAGUGAAGAUAACCAGAAAAAAUGAAAACAUG